AUGACUCUUGUUCAAGUGAUCAAGGUGCUCAUUAAAACAUGCAGCUCCUAUCAGGUUACUGGUAGCCCACGCAUGACUGUGGUGUUAAUAAGACUCACCACUUUCUCCAUUACUGGCUGUAGGUGGCUGCCGUACGCCAGCAUCACAGUUCGAGUAUCCGCUCCAAGCACCGCUGCUAGCAGUGGGAUUGGGAUCGGGGACUCCUUUGUGUCUGACAUCUGCACCGUGAAAAAACGCAGGGUAGCUGCAGCGAAGAACUGCCACCGUCAGCCGCCAUUUCUGAAGCGCUACUUGCGUCUGCGUGCGUGCGCCGUGGUGUACACAACCCACGUGUGGCCCUCUGAGCACAUGCGCACUUUGUCCCAGCACCUCCCACUCGCUUCGUAUUACGUUCUUCUUUGGGUUUUCCCGGCAGCAGGUUUUUCUGCUUUCUUUACUGGAUGGGAUCGACACCACAGCUUCCACCUUGUCACUUUUUUGAAUGUCGCAAUGGCUUUGAAAGUCGCGCUCCACAGACUUGUGUUUACGCACAGAACGCUGACAAUUUGGGCAUCCAGUCAGAGACACAGCCGGCACAGGGAUUUACUUGUGAAUCUCAGUGAAAGUGUCAGAGACACAAGAACUUUUUCAGGUGCUGCUGUGAAGCGUAACGAUAAUAAGGAGGGCACCUCCGACUAUUCACGCCUGAGUACCAAGGUGACAUCCAGGAAGAGGAGACCUCUGUCCCCGCUGGAGAGGAUCAGUGGCCUGCUGCCCCAGGACGCAUUGAGCCCUGAGGUGAUGCAGCUGAGAGAGCAGGAGUCAGAUAAGGGGGCAGAGAUCCAAGGAUCAGUCCCAAAUCGCACGCAGGUAGAAGUUGGGGAUGAGGAUAUCGUUAAAAAGUCUGAACAUGAGGCUCACAGUCCACCUGUUGGAGCAGAAGAGUUGGACACCGGCUCAGUUCAUCACCGGGAAAAGCAGGUGUGGGCGGCUCUGCCCGGGGAAAGGUUGCUUACCUGUGGAGAGCUGCUUGUUGCAGAGUAUCGCAGAAAGAAGCGCGUGGAAUUCAGGAAGAUGUUCCAGCUGCAGACAGGGGCCCGUCUGGAGAGCAGCUGGGGGGUCAUACUGCACAAUGACAUUGCAGGGCAGCCAGCAGGGCUGUUUCUGAAGACCCACCGGGGGGUCCCCAUCUUUAUAAGGCGAGCUAGUUUGGAGGAUUAUGUGCUGUGUAUGAAGCGGGGACCUGCAAUUGCCUACCCUAAGGAUGCAGCUUCUAUGUUAAUGAUGAUGGACGUCACAGAGGGAGACUGUGUCCUGGAGUCAGGAUCUGGAUCGGGGGCCAUGUCUCUAUUCCUGUCAAAAGCAGUCGGCUCUAAGGGCAGCGUGCUGAGCGUAGAAGUCAGGGAGGAUCAUCACAGGAGAGCUGUGCUUAACUACAACCGCUGGAGGACAUCAUGGAGUCUGCGACGAGGGGAGGAGUGGCCCGAUAACGUCCAGUUUCACAAGGCUGACCUCUGCACAGCCUCUUCGCUCCUUGCUGGUCGGGGAUUUCAUGCGGUUGCUCUUGAUCUGAUCAACCCUCACCUGGUUUUACCCACUGUGAUUCCACAUCUCCACCCCGGAGCUGUGUGUGCCGUCUACCUCGCCAACAUAACUCAAGUCACCGACCUGCUGGAAGGAGUUCGAUGUUCAACACUCCCUUUACUGUGUGAACGCGUCAUAGAGCUUCCACUCCGGGAAUGGGUGGUGGCUCCAGCCCUUCAGAAGGAUGGACGAUACUGCAACAAGAAAGCCCAAAUCCUGGAUGAAAACCUAAGUCAGGACGGCGAGGCAUCGGAGGAGAGUGACAAAGAAGACCCCGACCCACCUUUUGGGAGUAUCCCUUACAUUGCUCGACCUCACCCUGAACAAAUGAGCCACACAGCUUUCCUGGUGAAACUGAGGAAGUGUGUGCAGUAACAUUUCUACCUGUGGGGAAACCCUGAACACAGAUUGUUACACAUCAAAUAAACUGUCUUAAAGAAGAUAAUAAAAAGUCAAAACUGA